ACACCCCGACGGCAGCUGCACGCUGCGCACGCACGUGUGCGACCAGUGCGGCAAGGCCUUCUUCCAGAAGAACCACCUCAUGCUGCACCAGCGACAGCACAUGGACCUGCCUCCCAGGAAUUCGCAAGUACUCCAGGCGACGCAGCAAGCGCAACAGCAGGCGGCGCAACAAGUAGCGCAACAGGCUGCGCAGCAGGUGGCGCAACAAGUCGCGCAACAAGUGCAGCAACAACAACAACAGCAGCAGCAACAACAGCAGCAACAACAACAGCAACAAGAACACCAUCAAAACAACCUUGAAAUGGAACAACAAGAACACCAACAGCCUACUCAUAUACAAGUGGUAAGUUGUACAGCACGAGUCAAUGAGUGCCUUAGC